AUGCACACGCCAACCAAUUACUAUCUCUUUAAUCUUGCCAUAUCGGAUUUACUCAUGUUAAUACUCGGAUUACCGCAAGAGAUUUACAGUUUAUGGUCUGCGUAUCCGUUUCUUUUAGGAGAAACGAUAUGUCGUUUACGACUUUUAGCCGCUGAGGCCUCAACGUAUACGUCCAUAUUAACGAUCACCGCGUUCACGGUGGAACGAUACAACGCCAUCUGUUAUAAUCCAAUGAGGGCCAAUAACUCCAAUCUGUCACGUGUCAUCAGAGUUAUUAUAGCAAUUUGGUUAUUUUCAGUGUUGUGUUCGAUACCGGUGGGGUUACAAUUCGGGAUCGUUUACAUCAAAGCCAACAAUGUUCCAAUUCUAGAGUCUGCACAGUGUAACACAAUAAACGAAGCAGAAGCCAAAAUAGUGUUUCAGGUGUCGACAUUUUUAUUUUUCAUGUUUCCAAUGGCGGUGAUAGCCAUUUUGUACUUUAUGAUAGCCCUGGCUAUACGGAGGUCUGUUUUAAUCCGCAGUGGAUCUGACUCGUCAAACGAGAGUCAAACUGUGGUGGACCCAGAACUUAGGAUCACUCAACAAACACAAGUUCGACAGUCAGUUUUAAAAAUGCUCGUUGCUGUAGUGGUGGCGUUUUUCGUCUGUUGGGCUCCGUUCCAUGCUCAAAGACUUCUAGUAGUUUAUGUCGAGGAUUGGACUUUAACCCUGAUACUCGUUCAUGACUGUUUAUAUUACGUGUCGGGUGUAUUGUAUUAUAUCAGCACCACGAUAAACCCUAUCCUUUACAGCAUCAUGUCUGUCAAAUUCAGACAAGCUUUCAGA